AUGAACGUAGGCGUGUACUUCCUAACCGCGUUCCUUCUAUACACAUCCCUACUGAAUUACAAAACAUUGGUGCAUCUGAUUAGCCCCACUUUUGGUGGGCACAUACAGAAGGGGGACGACCGUGUCUAUCGCGUCAUUGAUCACUACUUGCACGUCUUCCUGGAGUAUGGGUUUGUUAGCAUCUACCUUAUAGUUGCUUUUCAACCAAGCAGAAAUGCGUACUCGAAGCGGAGUCCCCAGAACUACAUCUUCGCAAAAGUGUUGCUAGUGUUUUUUUUUUUCUUCCUAAUCCACUUUCUCCUUAAUGUGAAAAAUAACUUCCCACUGAACAUCUUCUUUCUAAUCAUUACGACAUUCCACUUGUCCGAGUUUUUCCUGUCUUUCUUACACAACAAAAAUAAUAGCAACUAUUAUAACUUUUUAGUGAACCCUAAUUAUGGCUACGUGUACUUCUUCAUCCUCACGCUCCUUGAAUAUUACGCAAAGAUUUUUUUCUUCCUCCUGGUACACUUUUGUGAGAAGUAUUUGAACAAGAGACUCCUCCAGAACCUCCUCCUCGUGAAUUAUUUUUUCCUGAAGAAUUUCGUGCAGAAUGGGCCAGGCGUGUGCACCUACUGCUAUGUUAAUCAGCUCGAUUGGGGGAAGAAUGGCAACGAAUUCCAAGUCGGAAUAAACACGCACGUUGGCACUCAUUUUACCGUUGGUGGGGGCGCACACCCGGGGGAGCUUUCCUUACUGCGCCUUCUGCAGAACCGCAUACGCAUGAAGGGGCAGCUACACAGGGGGACCUUCCCACUCCCGUUAGGAAAAAGAAAGGGAACUUCCUCACAAGACAAUGCAAAAAAUACUGGAGAAACAGAUACAUCCCUCACGUAUGACGUUUUCCCCCUUGGGAGGACCUACGGAGAGUGCCUCUUCACCACGGGGCCACCUCCCUCUGACACAUGCAAAACGUACGACUUAAACAACACCAUCUAUCAUAGAAUUAUACACCAAAACGCAGGCGUAUUUAAUAAGUAUAAAGUGAAGGGAAGCUACAAACGAGCACACAAGUACCACCUCCUGUUGGUACUGCUAUCCAUGGUGUUUUCCCUAUUUGGGUUACUUUUGCGAAUAUUAGGUUUAGUUCAUUGUUCCAGCAACUUUUGUUUCUACGUUAUGAGCACCGACCACUUGGCAGACAAGUGCAUUAAGAACAAACAUAAGUUGGUGAAAUCCGGUGUGUACAAGUAUAUGAGGCAUCCCUGUUACACUGGCUGGUUCUACUACGCAUUGUUCUUGCAACUGCUCCUCAUGAACCUUUUCUGCUUCGUGUUAUCUUUUUUCGUCUUAUGGGCGUACUUUUAUCACACCAUCAGAAUGGAAGAGACGUACUUGCUGGAGUGUUACGGCGAGGAGUACAGAAGUUACAAGAGGAAAACGCCCAACAUAUACAUCCCCUUCAUGAGAGGAAUUUGA